GCUCUGUCUUCCCACUGCAGCCGCCCGAAGAAAAAAAAAGGGGAACCCAGCCAUGCUUGAGAAACUAGUGAGAAAGCUUGGAUUUCUCCUUCUUUCCUUGCUUUACAACACAUGUAGAACCCAGAAAAUCUUCCCCCCUGCAGGAAGCUUCUGGAUCUGCUCUGCUCUUCCCUCUACUGUCCGCCGGUUGCUCUUGUUUGUGGGGGCGAAUUGCUCCGAUUUUUGAUUGCGUGAUUCUUCCCUGCAAUUGCCGCCGGCCUCUUCUCCCCUUGCAGCUCUGGUUUCUACAGCUGGAGAAUUAUGGUUCCCGAUCGUUCUGUCAGUUAGUGCGUGAAUUGCGUGCUCGAUUUUAUGCAAGUGAGGUAAGUAAAUUAUGGUAACGCCCUUUGAUUUUAAAAGCAUGUUUUGAUUUGUUUUUGAAGUGGUGGCGGGACUAAACCCGUUUUACACGAGCAUGACUAAUUUGAAGUGCAAUUUUUAUGCUUUUCAUGAAAUUGAGCAUGCCUACUUGGAAUUUAAGUGACUGUCCUGAUAAUCUGAAAGUGAUUGUGAAUUGUGAUUUUCCUGUUAACUUCUGCCUGUUUUGUCUCCAAUGUGGUCAUGUUAUUCGUGACCCUGCUAGUGGGGGAGGUUAUAAACACUAGCACAUGUCAGCACAUGUCGAUAUGUUAUUCGUGACCCCGCUAGUGGGGGAGGUUACAAACGCUAGCACAUGUCGACAUGUUCGUGAUAGAACCGGUUCGCUCAUGGCCCUACUAGUGGGGAUUAUACACUAGUACUCGUGUACCCGCCAGUGGGAGGUUUAUAAACGCUGGCCAUGACCUAUAGAGGAGACGUCUAUUUCGUUCCCCUACUGUAUCCGUCUUUCGUGAUUGCGCUUGUUGGCAUGCUAUAAGUUUAAUUAAGGGCAAUCCAUAUUUACUUACUGAGUUUAUCUCAUAGUUUUCCUUGUCCACCAUUUCAGGAAGUGAAACCGAGGACAAGGAAACUACGGGAAGUGAUGAGUUAGAAGGCUAGCCAUAUUGUAAUUGAACAUAGAUUUUAAAGAUUUGAUCUUCAGAUUUUGUGGUAUCAGAUUGUGAUAUGAUAAGUUCCGAGCCUUAUGCAUUUGUGGGACCCUCUCACGAGUGCACGGCGUCUGCCACGUCCCCGGAUUUGGGUUCUGGGGCGUGACAGCAAUUGUCCAUAUUUAUUUACUAUAUAGGGCAAUUGUCCAUAUUUAGUUACUGUUAGAGUAUUCUUGAAUCAGUGUUGAGAUUGAAAACCAACCAUGGAGCUGUAUUAUACACUACUGGAAAACUAGGCAUAAAUGACAAGAACAUAUUCAACAGCAAAUUGGCUGUCGAAUAUGCUUGAUUGUCGAUUAUAAUCAAUUUUUUGGUUCUUAUUUGACAACAUUCAUAUUUGACAAAAGGGUUGUCGAAUAUGUACCCAUAUUCGAUAGAAAUUCUUCUGUCGAAUAUGUAUAAUCAACAGCAUUUGGCUACUGAUUAUGUUUUCACGUAUUCGAUCGCAAUGCGGUCAAAUAUGUAGGAAAUGAUGACAUUUUCUCUAGUACAUUUGACAGUAAUGUUGUCAAAUAUACCCACUGAUAACCCCUCCGACUCCCUUUUCUUUCCCCAUUUCUUCUUCUUCCUCUGUGGCGAUCUGGUUUGUUGUUCUCUAUCAUUGUUCUUGCUGUUGCCACCGGUAUUCUUGCUUCUUCCUGUCGAGCCCCAUGCUGUCGGAAUAUCCCAUUGGUGAUGUUAACGGUGAGUUGG